AUUCUGGGAGUUGAAGUGUUCAGGCAGACAGUAGCUGGUAAUAUUCUUGUUGGUAGCUACUGUACUUUCUCUAACAAAGGUGGCCUGGUUCAUCCUCAUACAUCCAUUGAGGACCUCGACGAGCUUUCAACGCUUCUUCAAGUACCUCUUGUGGCAGGAACAGUGAACAGAGGCAGUGAGGUUAUUGCCGCUGGUAUGACUGUCAAUGACUGGACUGCUUUCUGUGGUUUAGACACCACAGCUACUGAGCUCUCAGUUAUUGAGAGUGUUUUUAAACUAAGAGAAGCUCAGCCUAAUAUGAUUGUUGAUGAGAUG